CAACCUAUCCCCCUCCCAAAACUUUUCCCCUUCUCUCUCUCUCUCUGUCUCUUCACCGUAAUUGCUCCAAUUCUCUAUAGAUUGGUUGGAAAGAAAUCCGUAAAUCGAGUGAGCUUCACUCAAGACAGACAUGGCGAGCACAGCAGCACCAGCACCAGCACCAGCAGCAAUAACAACCAAUCCGACAUUGGGGUGUUGGCACACUCUGCCGUGGGCUUUAGUUAUGGGAUCGGGGUGUCGGUGGGAAUCCUCCUCCUCAUCACCACCAUCAUGCUUGCCUCCUACUUUUGCACACGCGGCCGCACUACCUUUCCAAUGCCUCAUCUUGCCCCCACCCAUCCUAAUAACAAUAAUAAUCAACAGCAUGGCAAUGUGGUGGAGGAUCAUCAACUACAAGGGCUGGACGAGGCGACCCUCCUCUCGUACCCAACGCUUCCAUACUCUCAGGCCAAGCUUCACAAGACCGCCGCCUCCUCUUCAUGCUGCUCCAUCUGCUUGGGAGAUUACAAGGAUUCUGACAUGCUCCGUAUGCUCCCUGAUUGUGGUCAUCUCUUCCAUGUCAAGUGUGUGGACUCAUGGCUGCGCCUCCACCCCACGUGUCCCAAUUGCCGCAGCUCCCCCUUGCCUUCCCCACUCUCCACACCGCUAUCUGAGGUGGUCCCCUUGGCGCAACAGCGAGUUUAGUCUAUGACGCAGCAUCUUCUCACUUAUCACUCCAUCCAUCAUAUAUCUUACACCGAAAGAGCAGAUUCUGGUUCACCAGGCUGCAGUUCAUUUCAUUUGUUCACACUGUACAUUGGCUCUCUUUGUAAAUUUUGUUCUACAACAUUUAUUCAUGUUUUCUAUCAUUUGAAUACCAUAUCUCAGCCUUGCAUUCCUCUCCGGAAACAUGCCCAUAAAUCCAAUACCAAUAACCACAAUCACUGCUCCUUGAGAGAACUAUUUUUCAGACACACACAUGGAGAGAGAGAGAGAGAGAGAGAGAGAGAGAUUAUCUGCUUAAGCAUCAAGACUUUUUUACCACUUCUCUGGCCACAGUUCCUUUUUUUUGUUGAUCUAUAACAUGUUUUCCACUAAACCUAUGUCAAACAACUGUAGAGCACACUGUGAAAAUCCAUGGCCCUUGAGAGGUCUGAU